GUUAAAGCAGUAAGUCUUUUGGAAUAGUUUUCUGUGUGCAGGAACCAGUGGUUAUUUACUUAUUUCUGUAGCACCGCCUAGUGGCCGUUGUGAAGAACUGCACCAAACCGUGAGAGUCUUCUUAAUUUUAUGUCUUAAAGCAAAGCACUUACUUGUGCCCUUGCUUUUCCUCCAUGAAAUUGUGCUAAAAACACCUUAUUCUUCAUGUAAGUUAUUACAUACAUGCACUCAAUAACCUUCCCCAAAUACAUUGGCCCUGAUCUAACCUUUGGACUAUUUUGACAAAGAGGCAUAAAGAUAAUUCCACUUCAUAACUUAUAUACUUAUAAUACUAAGACAAUAAAAAAACAGAUAACAUCUGAGUGUACACAUGACGGGACUGUGAAGUCAAAGAGGUAGCUCCAGCUGAGAGGACCCUCCAAAAAACUGGUCACUGAAAAUCUGUGAUUUGACAUUAGAAAUCAAACUAGACACUGUACCUGUGAAAACAUUCAGCUCUUGUUGCAACUUUGCAUCGUACGCAGAGUCCGUGCUUUUCAUUGGCAUUUGUCAGUUUCAUUGUUGAUGCUUAAUUAUGAGCUGCAUGAGGUGCACUUAAGCAACCCUGCAUACAAGUCAUUAAUGUAAUGAAUAAUACACACAGCUGCAUUGUGCAGCAGAAGAAGGAUUGAAUGUUGUAAAAGAUCUGAAGAUGAUGGCUCGUCAUUAAAAGAGUUUAUCAGAUUGCAUCUCUCAACGUUGACGUAUCUAAUCACGACAUGAACGCAUUGUUUAAACAUCAUGUUUCCACCAUAAAAUCUGAUGAAUUAUCACCAUCAUGAAUUUAAAGCGCAGAUGACCUUGAGUGAUUGUUUGCUUUUUGCUUAUGUUAUAUCUGCUGUAAACCUCAUUGAAUCCGGACCCGGAGUCACUCUGACGUCGGGUAACGUAUUGAUUCUCUCAUUUGAUGCUGCUCAAUCAUUUGCAGGGUCAUAAAUGUGUGCACCGGAGUCCUUCAUCCCCAUGGUCACCGAUACAAUAAAGCAUUAAUGUUUAAUAAAGAAAAGAAGCUGGCUAUAAGAAUCAGGCGGCAGUGAUACUGUAGCCGGGGGACAGGCAAACUAAAUGGAUGUAAGGAUGCACCAGUGCAUGACACAACGGGAUAAUUGAUGAAUUUGAAGAAAGCUGAACACCUUUUAUUUAUGGAUGUGAUGUUGCCUGGUAGGAAGAAAGAAGUUUGACCGCAUCAAAGAUUUUUUUAUUUGCUUUCUCAGUGACGUCGGGUCAGAAUGGAGGAAGCGGACGACAGCAUUGCUGUGGUCGGCAUCGGGUGCAAUUUUCCAGGAGGAGAAGGGCUUGACAAUUUCUGGAAAGUUCUGCUGGAAGGAAGAAAUUGUUCUGUGCCAAUUCCCAAAGAGAGGUUUGACUUAACCGGCUGGUACGACCCCGACGACAACAAAGCGGGUAAAUCCCGCACAGCCAAGGCUGCUCUGAUUGAUGGGUUCAAUGAGUUUGACCACAAGUUCUUUGGCAUCAGUGACAGCGAAGUGGAACAAAUGGACCCUCAACAGAAACAGCUGCUUCAGUGUGUCUACAGGGCGCUGGAGGACGCUGGGAUCCCGAUGGAGGAGGCCAGCGGCACCAGGACAGGAGUGUUUUUUGGGCUGAUGAACAGAGAUUACGAGACGAACGCGGCACACGUGCACCCAAGCGUCAUCAACCACUGGACGGGCACGGGGCUCGCCAUGAGCAUCGCCGCAAACAGGGUCUCCUACGUCUUCAACUUCACCGGACCGUCGCUGUCCAUCGACUGCGCCUGCUCGUCGUCCCUGGUGGCGCUCCACCUCGCCUGUCAGUCCAUCAAGCAAGAUGAUUGUGACAUGGCGGUUUGCGGUGGAGUCAACUGCAUCGUAGAGCCGAGGGUGUUCGUAGCUCUGAGCAAGGCCAAGAUGAUCUCCCCCGACGGGACCAGCAAACCUUUCUCCAGCGGAGCGGAUGGCUACGGGAGAGGAGAGGGCUGCGGGGUCGUCCUCCUCAAGCCGCUGAAAAAGGCCGUACGCGACCGUGACAACAUCUGGGGUAUCAUCAGCAAAACAGCGGUCAACCAAGACGGGCACUCGGUCACUCCGAUCACCAAACCCUCCGCGACCCAGCAAGAGGAACUCCUGCGUCGGGUCUACUCGGAGUCGGACGUGGCAAACGUCCGGUACAUAGAGGCGCAUGGCACCGGCACUCCAGUCGGAGAUCCAACGGAGGCGGGAAGCAUUUCAAACGCCAUCGCUAAAGCCAGACCCCCUGGUGCGGAGACCCUGCGGAUCGGCUCCGUGAAGGGCAACAUCGGACACACGGAGUCGGCCGCCGGAGUGGCCGGGCUCAUCAAGGUUCUGCUGAUGAUGAAGCACGAGACCAUCGUCCCCUCAGUGUUCUACUCUGAGGAGUCCGCUAGUGUCGACGCCCAAGGCCUGAACAUCAAAGUUCCGAUGGAAGCAGAGAAGUGGGAAGCUUCGGGUGAAAGAAUUGCAGGAGUUAACAACUUUGGGUUUGGGGGUACAAACGCACACGCCAUUGUCAAACAGUACAAACGGCCCCGCGUUGAGCAAAAGAAUGGAAGGAAACGAGAGAGAUAUUUCGUUAUGUCGGCACAUUCACCCAAAUCUCUGACUCUGAUGAUGGAGGACACCGUUAAACAGCUGGAAACAAAUGGCCAAGUUGAUCUAGAUUCUCUGUUGUACACAUCGGCGUGUAGAAGAAGCCAUCUAAAGCAUAAAUACAGAAAGGCUUUUGUUGUUUCAUCUGUAGUCGACAUCAAGGAGAAGCUAGGUGACCUCGCGGGGAAGAAUGUUCGCCCGUCCUACUCGGACCCAAGGUUGGUGUUCGUCUUUUGCGGGAACGGCGUCACCUACCGCGGAAUGUGCAAACAACUCCUGAAACACGAGCCCGUUUUCAGAGGUAAGGUCAGAGAGGUUGCAGAGCUUUUCCUAAGGCUGAGCACGGUGGACAUCUUGGACACAUUUGAGAGCGAGCUGGAGGGCGGUGACUUCAACGCUCCGCACGUUGUGCAACCACUCCUCUUUGCCGCGCAGGUGGGCGUUAGCAGCCUGCUCCGACACUGGGGGGUCGAGCCCCACGCCAUGCUAGGACACUCUGUCGGCGAGGUGGCAGCCGCUCACUGUUCCGGCCUCCUGUCUCUAGACGAUGCAGUGAAAGUCAUCUAUUUCCGCAGCACCCUGCAGAGAAAGGUCACUGGGGGGAAGAUGCUUGUGAUCAGCAACAUGGCCGUGUCAGAGGUAACCGCCCUUCUCCCUGGUUACUCUGGUAGGAUUUGCGUCGCUGCGUUCAACAGCUCACAGUCCUGCACCCUCGCGGGGGACGCGGACGCCAUUGAGGACAUCUACGAGGAGCUGAGCACCUCGGCCAACGGUCAAAAUCUGUUCCUCCGUUUACUGGACGUGCCUUGCGCUUACCACAGCCACAUGAUGGACCCCAUUCUGCCAGAGAUUGAGGAGACAAUUGGCUCCCUGCAGGCGAAUGAUCUCCACACAGAGUUGUUUUCAACAGUGACGGGAAAGGAAGCCCAGCAGGGAGAUUUCUGCACGGGGGGAUACUGGGCUAGAAACGUCCGUGAGCCAGUAGCUUUCGAGCAAGCGGUGAAGUCGGCAACCAGAGACAAGAAGAGCACGGUGUUUGUGGAGAUAGGGCCGCGCAGGGCGCUGCAGAGAAACAUCAUGGAGACUCUGGGUAAUGACACAGACGUCCUCGCCUCGGUGCAGCCACAGAAAGAUCACGAAACCAUGAAGGCCGUCGUGCCGAAGCUGUUUGAACUGGGUGUGCAUGUAAAUUGGAAUACCUUCUACAAAGGACAUGAGACGGCGACUCUGCCGAUCCCCAAGUACCAGUUUGAUCGCUCCGACAGAGAUGUCAUCAUUGGAGCGGCGCAAAAAAACACAGCGAGCGAUCAUCCUGUGCUCUGUCGGACGGGAAGUGAAAGCAACGUCUUCGGCUGCGACCUGCUGUCCGACUCGUCUUUCUAUCUGAAAGAGCACAAGCACAACGGCGUACCCAUCGUCCCCGGCGCCUUCUACGCCGAGCUGGGGUUAGCUGCAUUCAUGGCCAGUGCUAAACCAAGAGUACCGCUCAGCUCACUGCAGGUCGGCGUCGCUUUCCACAGUCCAUUUGUUCUAAGCCAGAGUUCGCCCAAAAUGAGGGUGCAACUGGAACGAACGGAGAAGGAAACCAUGUUCAAGGUCCUCUCCCCGUCUGGGGUGUACGCCUCAGGAACAGUGGUUUCGAAGAAAGAGAGGCCGAUUGAGGAGCGGCGCAUUUCACUGAGCUCCAUCUACAAAAGAUGUACGUCUGUAGUGAGCUGGAAGGACUUCUACGGGUAUCUCUCUCAAGGAGGCUUCCAGUAUGGAGACGUCUUCAGGAACAAGGGAGAUGUGCACUAUGGAGAAGAUCUCAAGGAGGCUUUUGCCAAGGUCACAGUUCCAGACGAGCUGCAGCCUCAGCUCCAUGACUACUGCAUUCACCCUGUUGUGCUGGAUUUUCUCAUGCAGCUUCUCCCAGUUACAGUAGAGCACAUUUUUGCCGGCAGACCGGGAUUUCCGGCCAAAAUAGGAAGUUUGACUGUGUUUGAGCCCUUGCAGGAGGAAAUGAUUGUCUACCUGAGAGCAAUGGAUGUUGGUGUGGACCACUUUGAGGUUUGCGGCUGCUUCGCGGAUAAAGAAGGAAGAGUGCUUGUUGAGGCUAAGCAGGUGAUAAUCAAGUACCUUGGCAGUCGCUCUCAUGUGGUCGAGGAGUAUUUUUACCAUAAUUCCUUCAGUGUUAUCCCUGAAGGCCUCACAUCUGCUGCUCCUCCCAGGGCCUUGGUCUUCUGUGACCAUAUAGGGAUCUCCAAUGCCCUGCAGCCAUUUUUGGACUCACGGUCUAGCUUUGUUUCCUUCACGAAUGCAAAAGAUAUCUUGAGCCAUGGGUUUCCUUCUCUUUUGGCGAAUCUCAAAAUAACGGCUAUUGAGAAGAACUUUGACGAGGUUUUGUUUCUUUGGGGAAAGGAAGACCUCACGUCACUGGCCGCUGAGGAUGUCCUGCAGAUCUGUGCGAGCUGCUGCGAGACAUUUCGCCAAAUCGUCCUUGAGCUGAAGCGAAUUUGCUUCCCAAACUCCAUCCGAGCGGUCACCUACUGCUCCUCUGACAUCACAGUAGACCACAUAAGUCCAGGUUUUGCUCUCGCUGGCAUGACGAGAUCGUUUGCUGCAGAGAUACCAGAUCUUUUGUUUCAGCUGAUUGAUCUGCAUACUAUUUCUGCGAAGGACAUUGCUGCUCUGGCCGAGGUCCUAAGAUCACAUCGUUGCGGCGACUACCCAGAGUUGGUUGUGAAGGACGGGCGGAUUCUGAAACCUUCCAUUGCCCGCACUCCGCUUAAGAUCGUUGACGGCUCGGAAGGCCAUUUCGCCACAAGCACGCCUGAGCCCUGCGUCCUUCAGACAGCGGAAGCGCAUCAAAUGACUCAGCUGAGUGCCAUUCUCCUGGAGGAGGAGGCCCAGCCGAUCGCGGAUACGUCAGUGGAAAUUCUGCCCAACAAGAUAUGCGUUCACUCAUCUGACUACUACCCCGUCAGCGCUUCACAUCUGAAAUUCGGACAGACACUGUACUGGAACAAGCACUCAUCACAGAAACACAAGCUGCUGGCUCUCGAUUUCGGCGGUACCGUUACGGCUGUGGGGAAAGAUGUCAGGAAAUUCAAAGUAGGAGACCGUGUUGCUUCCUGUUACCCCAUGGUCGCAACCAGCAAGUUAAGAGUCCCACAGGAUGUGUGCUACAGCACCAAGCGGUUCCCAUUCCUUCAAAGAACACCCUGUGUUUCCUACUUUGUGCUGGCAUGGGAGAUCCUGCACAGAGCGUUGCCCAGAGCCAAACACAAUCUAGGAAUCAUAUCAUCAGAGCCAGAUUCGGCUCUGAUGAAAGUCCUGGAACUCACUUUUUCCAAGUCUGGCCGGAAUGUGAACGUCGGCGCGCAGCGGAGCGGCUCGUUUGUGGAUGCAGGACAAACGGACGUGUUUGUCGUCCUGCCUCCAUUUGAUGAGUCUCUAAUUUCGCAAAUGUGUGACUUCCCAGGCGUCACGGACGUUGUCUUCAUCUGUGAGUCUCAGAUGCAGUGUUUGCUCGCGACGGAUGUGUUCCAAAGUGCGAAGGAAAGUGCUCAUGUGCAGAUAAUUAAAACGACAGUCAUUUUUAAAAAGGGAUCCCUGAUUGCACGGAGGCCACACAUCUAUCGCUGGCUGAAAUCCUUGAACUUGAGCAGGAAAUUUGCUCUCGAGAACUUCACAUUUCAAAAUGCGAACAGUGAAAGCAUUGAGAGUCUUAGUUCAGAGACGCCAAAGUCCUACUUCAACUCGAAGAAGCUGGCCGUUGUGGCGCUGGAGAAUGACGUUGACCACAAAAUGUCGCACAUUCCGUUUUUACCAACGAAAAAACAGCUUUUCCGAAAGGGAGCCGUGUACAUAGUGGCCGGGGGGCUUUCUGGUCUGGGCUUUGAGACCGUCAAGUUCAUCUCUCAAAGAGGGGGGGAGUACGUCGUCGUACUCUCCAGGAGCAAGCCAACACCAGAGGUGCAUCUGGAGAUCCGCAACGUGGAAACACAGUGUGGAAACUGCAUCGCCGCCAUGGAGUGCGACGUGUCCGUGUCCCAGAGCGUGCGCAGCGUUGUUGGCGCCAUUGGCCGGAAAUUCCCCGGCUGUCCGAUCCGAGGGGUGUUUCACAGCGCGGUUGUCCUGCACGACGGCCUGAUCGAGACCCUCGACAGAUCCCUCUACGAGAAGGUUCUAAAACCCAAAGUGAACGGGGCGCUGAAUUUGCACCACGCGACCCAGCGUUGUCAGCUGGAUUACUUUGUGUGCUACUCUUCCAUCUCGGCUUUCCUGGGAAACGCGUCGCAGACAAACUACGCGGCGGCCAACGCGUUCCUCGACAUGUUCUGUCAGUACCGCCGCAAGCUCGGGCUGCCGGGGCAGUCCAUCAACUGGGGGGCUCUGAACCUCGGCCUCCUCUUGAACAAGGAACACUUCCAGCGCUUUCUGGAGGCGAAGGGCAUGAUGGUGCUGGACGUGGCCGAGAUUCAUAAAAGCCUGGAGCAGUGCCUCGUGCUCAAUCGACCCCAACAGGCCGUCUGCAGGUUUCACUUCAGAAACAUCCGGUACAACAUCCUGUCCCAAAACACGGCCCUGACCAAUCGUCUGUCCGCGUUGGUGGACGAGGCGUUCCAAAAGUCCAAGGAGCAAGACUCUCAGGCCAAGGAAUCGGAAUCGGUCUCGCCCAGAGAUUACGUCGUCUCGCUGCUUUGCGAGACCAUCGGCGUCGAUAGGAGUGAGCUGAAAGAUGAGUCGCCUCUGUCAUCUUUAGGCAUCGACUCCAUGCAGGCCAUGACGCUGCAGAAUCGUAUCUUUCAGGAGAGGGGCGUCAAUGUGCCUUUGGUGAAACUGUUGGAUCCCGAUGCCACGCUGUUGACAGUGGUGUUGACACUUAGCGAGAAAGGUGAGGGUGAAAGUGAUGAGCGGGAGCCUCUUCCUGCUGAGGGUGUCGCUGCUGCUUUCACCAGGUUGUAAAAUACGGAAAUCAAACAGUCAAUACACACAAUCCACAGUUAUUGAAUUUUCAAUAUUCAUCAUGUAUUUUGUUUAUUUUGUUGUCUUGUAUGGUACAUUUUUGGUUGUUGUUUUUGGUUGUUUAUUUUGUCAUUGUAGUUGGUAAUGUUUGUAAUGUUUUUACAUUGUUAGAAAAAUUUAUUAUUUUUUCCAUCCAUUUUAUUGAUUCUUUAUUGUAAAAUACUUAUUACAUGAACAUAAAACUGAAAAUAAUAAUUUUUGUGCAUUUAUUUUACUAAUAUAUUAUUAAUUUAUCUUUAAAGCUUGUUUUUAAUUUAUAAUAACGUGCUUGUCCAAUGUCAACUCACUGCCAGUUUUACUUCCACUCACUUCUGACAGGUAAUGGUCAGUUGUCACUGCUAGAUCAUUCAUUAUGAUCAUCAGCUUUAUGAUGGAACAAAACAUCAUUUUAUGGCAUUAUGGUAUCUCUCAGAAAUCUUUGAUGUGUGAUUACGGAGUCUUUUGCUGAUUGAACUUGUGGAGACAAAGACUACAUGCAAAUGAACAUGAUUUUAUUAUGUGUUUAUGGCUUAGUUUGAAAAUCUAUUGAUCUAGAAAGUAUGAUUAUCACUAUUCUGAGGAAGAGAUAUUUGAUGUUGUAACUAAGCAGAUUUGACAAUAAAUAAAAAUUGUUUGACCAUCACUGAAGUAAAUCUGAUAACAUCAAAUGUUAUUGUUUUUUUUGUUGCCUCUAAUAAAACAAGUUAUCAAGUUAUCUAUGUUCUUAAAAAAUUUAAUUCAAUAACACUUCACAUUUAAUCAUGAAGGUUCAUUUUGUUCAUCCACAUUUCCAAAAAUCAUUGCCACUAAUCACAAAUGCAAAAUAUGUUAUAAAUAAAUAACUCGUCUUUUGGUAACCCAAUCAAUGGUUGGAUUUA